AUGGGCAGUGUGAACCCUUCAUCCACUUCUGAUUAUGGGCGUAGAACCUGGAAUCGUGAGGAAUACGCCCAGCUAGAACAAGAAACGAGACAUAGGCAUGAGUCGAAAUUUACACACCUCUCAACGGAGCAACUCAAGAUUUUGAAAGCUAAAUACACCAACCACAGUAAUUUGAUCAAGACGGCUACACAGGAUGGUAAUCGAAGAACGUUAACCACCUCAUUGAGUAUAUAUAAAAGAGGAAAACAGUUUGGUUUUUACUGUGAACUUUGCGACUUGACUUUCAAAGAUACGUUGCAAUUCGUGGAUCAUCUGAACCAUAAGGCACACGAGAUUAAGUUUGAGAGAACAUUUGGCGAACCCCUUAUAGUCGAUCUCCGAGAUAAUGACGACGUUCCAUUUGAUGAAUUUGAUGAGGAAUGCUCCGCUACAAUACGAGAAUUUCUGAAAAGUCACGGCAAGCUCCCAUCUUCAAAACCAGCGAAAGCUCCAAUAAAACCAGAAGCCCAAUCUUAUCCACCUAAAACUGAAGAGGAAGUUUCUCCGAGUAGUGCGCUGGACUCUGUUAUGGGAUUCAAGGGCUUUGGAAGCACCAAAAGGUGA